AUGCCACUGACCAUCUUGGUGCUGGGGGGGCUCUGCAACAACACACAGGAGACCCUUCAGUGCAUGCUGAAGGCCACCUUCCAUGACUGGUCCCCCCACUAUGGCAGCACCUCCACCAUGGACAUGCUUCUGACAGUGUGGGAGCAGUGGUUCAUGAGGAUGCAGGUCUGUGUCCUUGAGGGGCUGUGCAUUGAUUCCCUUCCUCAACUCUGA